GAAGGACGCGUCCCCACUCGCAGGAGGACCUGAAGCAGGUCCCCCGUGCCUCACCCGCACGGCUGCCCCCGGCCCGGCCUCGGCCGCUGGCACCAUGGACAAGCUGCCGCCGUCCAUGCGCAAGCGGCUCUACAGCCUCCCGCAGCAGGUGGGGGCCAAGGCGUGGAUCAUGGACGAGGAAGAGGACGCUGAGGAGGAGGAGGCCGGGGGCCGCCAAGACCCGAGCCGCAGGAGCAUCCGGCUGCGGCCGCUGCCCUCGCCUUCACCCUCAGCGGCCGCCGGCGGUGCGGAGUCUCGGGGUGCGGCUCUCGGGGCGGCGGACAGUGAGGGGCCCGCCCGCAGCGCGGGCAAGUCCAGCACCAACGGAGACUGCAGGCGCUUCCGCGGGAGCCUGGCCUCGCUGGGCAGCCGGGGCGGCGGCAGCGGUGGAGCAGGGAGCAGUAGCAGUCACGGGCACCUGCAUGACUCCGCGGAGGAGCGGCGGCUCAUCGCUGAGGGCGACGCGUCCCCCGGCGAGGACAGGACACCCCCGGGCCUGGCGGCCGAGCCCGAGCGUCCCGGCGCCGUGGCACAACCCGCAGCCUCGCCGCCGCCCCAGCAGCCGUUGCAGCCGGCCUCCGCCUCCUGCGAGCAGCCCUCGGCGGACACCGCUAUCAAAGUGGAGGGAGGCGCGGCCGCCGGUGACCAGAUCCUUCCAGAGGCCGAGGUGCGCUUGGGCCAGACCGGCUUCAUGCAGCGCCAGUUCGGGGCCAUGCUGCAACCAGGGGUCAACAAAUUCUCCCUGAGGAUGUUCGGCAGCCAGAAAGCGGUGGAGCGCGAGCAGGAAAGGGUUAAGUCGGCCGGGUUUUGGAUUAUCCACCCCUACAGCGACUUCAGAUUUUACUGGGACCUAACUAUGCUGCUGCUGAUGGUGGGAAACCUGAUCAUCAUUCCCGUGGGCAUCACCUUCUUCAAGGAUGAGAACACCACACCUUGGAUCGUCUUCAAUGUAGUGUCAGACACAUUCUUCCUCAUCGACUUGGUCCUGAACUUCCGCACAGGGAUUGUGGUGGAGGACAACACAGAGAUCAUCCUUGACCCACAGCGGAUUAAGAUGAAGUACCUGAAAAGCUGGUUCGUGGUGGAUUUCAUCUCCUCCAUCCCUGUCGACUAUAUCUUUCUUAUUGUGGAGACACGCAUUGACUCCGAGGUCUACAAGACUGCCCGGGCCCUACGCAUUGUCCGCUUCACCAAGAUCCUCAGCCUCCUGCGCCUCUUGCGUCUUUCACGCCUCAUUCGAUAUAUUCAUCAGUGGGAAGAGAUCUUCCACAUGACUUACGAUCUGGCCAGUGCCGUGGUACGCAUUGUGAACCUCAUCGGCAUGAUGCUUCUGCUCUGCCACUGGGAUGGCUGUCUACAGUUCCUAGUGCCCAUGCUGCAGGACUUCCCCCAUGACUGCUGGGUGUCCAUCAAUGACAUGGUGAAUAACUCCUGGGGGAAGCAGUAUUCCUAUGCCCUCUUCAAGGCCAUGAGCCACAUGCUUUGUAUUGGGUAUGGGCGGCAGGCACCUGUGGGCAUGUCCGACGUUUGGCUCACCAUGCUCAGCAUGAUUGUGGGUGCCACCUGCUAUGCCAUGUUCAUCGGCCACGCCACUGCCCUCAUCCAGUCCCUGGACUCCUCCCGGCGCCAGUACCAGGAGAAGUAUAAGCAGGUGGAACAGUAUAUGUCCUUCCAUAAGCUCCCACCGGACACCCGGCAGCGCAUUCAUGACUACUAUGAGCACCGCUACCAGGGCAAGAUGUUUGAUGAGGAGAGCAUCCUGGGCGAGCUGAGCGAGCCGCUUAGGGAGGAGAUUAUCAACUUUAACUGUCGAAAGCUUGUGGCCUCCAUGCCACUGUUUGCCAAUGCGGACCCCAACUUUGUGACGUCCAUGCUGACCAAACUGCGUUUUGAGGUCUUCCAACCUGGGGAUUACAUCAUCCGCGAAGGCACCAUUGGCAAAAAAAUGUACUUCAUCCAGCAUGGUGUGGUCAGUGUGCUCACUAAGGGCAACAAGGAGACCAAGCUGGCUGAUGGCUCCUAUUUUGGAGAGAUCUGCCUGUUGACUCGAGGCCGCCGCACAGCCAGUGUGAGGGCUGACACCUACUGCCGCCUCUACUCGCUGAGCGUGGACAACUUUAACGAGGUGCUGGAGGAGUAUCCCAUGAUGCGCCGGGCCUUCGAGACUGUUGCGCUGGACCGCCUGGACCGCAUAGGCAAGAAGAACUCCAUCCUCCUCCACAAGGUGCAGCACGACCUCAACUCCGGCGUCUUCAACUACCAGGAGAACGAGAUCAUCCAGCAGAUCGUGCAGCACGACCGUGAGAUGGCCCACUGCGCGCACCGCGUCCAGGCCGCCGCCUCGGCCACCCCGACCCCCACGCCGGUCAUCUGGACCCCGCUGAUCCAGGCACCGCUGCAGGCCGCUGCCGCCACCACGUCCGUGGCCAUCGCCCUCACACACCACCCUCGCCUGCCCGCUGCCAUCUUCAGGCCGCCCCCGGGACCUGGGCUGGGCAACUUCGGGGCGGGGCAGACGCCGAGGCACCCGCGGAGGCUGCAGUCCCUGAUCCCCUCCGCGCUGGGCUCAGCCUCGCCCGCCAGCAGCCCGUCGCAAAUGGACACGCCGUCUUCGUCCUCCUUCCACAUCCAACAGCUGGCUGGGUUCUCCGCGCCUGCGGGACUCAGCCCCCUCCUGCCGUCCUCCGGUUCCUCCCCUCCACCAGGGGCCUGCGGCUCCCCGCCGGCCCCCACGCCCCCCACCGCCUCAGCUGCCGCCACCACCGCUGGGUUCGGCCACUUCCACAAAGCGCUGGGCGGCUCCCUGUCGUCGUCCGACUCCCCUCUGCUCACCCCGCUGCAGCCAGGCACCCGCUCCCCACAGGCUGCCCAGCCGCCCCCCCCUCUGCCAGGGGCCCGAGGAGGCCUGGGACUCCUGGAGCACUUCCUGCCGCCCCCACCUUCCUCCAGGUCACCAUCGUCCAGCCCUGGGCAGCUGGGCCAGCCUCCUGGAGAGUUGUCCCCGGGUCUGGCCGCUGGUCCACCAAGUACACCAGAGACACCCCCGCGACCUGAGCGGCCGACCUUCGUGGCAGGGGCGUCUGGGGGGGCCUCUCCUGUAGCCGUUACCCCCCGAGGAGGCCUCAGCCCCCCAGGCCACAGCCCAGGGCCCCCAAGAACUUUCCCAAGUGCCCCACCCCGGGCUUCUGGCUCCCACGGUUCCUUGCUCCUGCCACCUGCAUCCAGCCCUCCGGCUCCGCAGGUCCCGCAGCGCCGGGGCACACCACCCCUCACUCCCGGCCGGCUCACGCAGGACCUGAAGCUUAUUUCGGCCUCCCAGCCGGCCCUCCCCCAGGACGGGGCACAGACUCUCCGCAGAGCCUCCCCUCACUCCUCGGGGGAGUCGGUGGCCGCCUUCCCUCUCUUCCCCAGAGCUGGGGGCGGCAGCGGGAGCAGUGGGGGCCUUGGGCCCCCCGGGAGGCCACAUGGUGCCAGCCCCGGCCAGCAUGUCACUUUGCCUCGGAAGACAUCCUCAGGUUCUUUGCCACCCCCGCUCUCUUUGUUUGGCGCAAGAGCCGCCUCUUCUGGAGGGCCCCCACUGACUGCUGCACCCCAGAGGGAACCUGGGGCCAGAUCUGAGCCAGUGCGCUCAAAACUGCCUUCUAAUCUAUGAGCUGGGCUCUCCCUCCCUCUUUUUCUCUCUUCUUUCUUCUUUCAGGUUUAACUGUGAUUAGGAGAUAUACCAAUAACAAUACUUAUCAUUAAAAAAAAAAAAAAGCCACACACACCCCAGAAAAAAAACAAAAAACAAAAAAACAAAAAGCAGAAAAUAACCAGGUAUUCUUAGAGCUAUAGAUUUUUGGUCACUUGCUUUUAUAGACUAUUUUAAUA